UCUUCCAAAGAGAGAUUGUUAUUAUUCCUCAGGAUGACCAGACAGCUUCUGCUUUCUUUUUCCUUUCUUCCAGAUGGAGAUUCAACCAUAAUAGAAAGAAUGGAGAACUAUUAACCGCCUUUCUUCAGUGAGCUGUGAUUUUCAGAGGGGAAUACUAAGAAGUAAUUUUCCAUGUUGAGACUCAAAGGUAAAGACACUGAGGACAGACCUUUUUGGCAGAGCACAGAUGAAAAUGGCAAGUUCCCUGGCCUUUCUUCUGCUCAACUUUCGUGUUUGCCUCCUCUUGGUCCAGCUGCUUACUCCUUGCUCAGCUCAGUUUGCUGUGCUUGGACCCCAUGGGCCCAUCCUGGCCAUGGUAGGUGAAGACGUUGAUCUGCCCUGUCACCUGUUCCCGACCAUGAGUGCAGAGACUAUGGAGCUGAGGUGGGUGAGUUCCAGCCUAAGGCAGGUGGUGAACGUGUAUUCAGAUGGAAAGGAAGUGGAAGACAGGCAGAGUGCACCGUAUCGUGGGAGAACUUCGAUUCUACGGGAUGGCAUCACUGCAGGGAAGGCUGCUCUCCGAAUACACAACGUCACAGCCUCUGACAGUGGAAAGUACUUGUGUUAUUUCCAAGAUGGUGACUUCUAUGAAAAAGCCCUGGUGGAGCUGAAGGUUGCAGCAUUGGGUUCUGAUCUUCACAUUGAAGUGAAGGGUUAUGAGGAUGGAGGGAUCCAUCUGGAGUGUAGGUCCACUGGCUGGUACCCACAACCCCAAAUACAGUGGAGCAACACCAAGGGACAGCACAUCCCGGCUGUGAAAGCACCUGUGGUUGCAGAUGGAGUGGGCCUGUAUGCAGUAGCAGCAUCCGUGAUCAUGAGAGGCAGCUCUGGGGAGGGUGUAUCCUGCAUCAUCAGAAAUUCCCUCCUCGGCCUGGAAAAGACAGCCAGCAUUUCCAUCACAGACCCCUUCUUCAGGAACGCCCAGCCCUGGAUCGCAGCCCUGGCAGGGACCCUGCCUAUCUCACUGCUGCUUCUCGCAGGAGCCAGUUACUUCUUGUGGAGACAACAGAAGGAAAAAAUUGCCCUGUCCAGGGAGACAGAAAGAGAGCGAGAGAUGAAAGAAAUGGGAUAUGCUGCAACAAAGCAGGAAAUAAGCCUAAGAGAGAAGCUCCAGGAGGAACUCAAGUGGAGAAAAAUCCAGUACAUGGCUCGGGGAGAGAAGUCUUUGGCCUAUCAUGAAUGGAAAAUGGCCCUCUUCAAGCCUGCGGAUGUGAUUCUGGAUCCAGACACCGCAAAUGCCAUCCUCCUUGUUUCUGAGGACCAGAGGAGUGUGCAGCGUGCCGAAGAGCCGCGGGAUCUUCCAGACAACCCUGAGAGAUUUGAAUGGCGUUACUGUGUGCUUGGCCGUGAAAACUUCACAUCAGGGAGACAUUUCUGGGAAGUGGAAGUGGGGGACAGAAAAGAGUGGCAUAUUGGGGUGUGUAGUAAAAACGUGGAGAGGAAAAAAGGUUGGGUCAAAAUGACACCAGAGAAUGGAUACUGGACCAUGGGGCUGACUGAUGGGAAUAAGUAUCGGGCUCUCACUGAUCCCAGAACAAACUUGAAACUUCCUGAGCCCCCUUGGAAAGUGGGAAUCUUCCUGGAUUAUGAGACUGGAGAUAUCUCAUUCUACAAUGCUACGGAUGGAUCUCAUAUCUACACCUUUCCGCACACCUCUUUCUCUGAGCCUCUGUAUCCUGUAUUCAGAAUUUUGACCUUGGAGCCCACUGCCCUGACCAUUUGCCCAACACCAAAACAAGUAGAGAGUUCCCCCGAUCCUGGCCUAGUGCCUGAUCAUUCCCUGGAGACACCAGUGGCCCCGGAUUUAGCUAAUGAAAGUGGGGAGCCUCAGGCUGAAGCAACAUCUCUGCUUCUCCCUGCUCACCCUGGAGUUGAUGGCCUCGCCCUCCACAACAACCAAUCAGAACCAUAAAGCUACAGGCACGCACUGAAGCACUUUACUGAUAUUCAUGCAAUUAUUCCAUAUGACAGUUGUUUGAGUUUGGUACCACCUAUUGUCCCUUUAUACAAAUAAGGAAACUGGGGUGCAGAAAGGUGAAUUAACUUUACAAAGUAGACAUGACUAGUGAACAAUAGAGCUGGGAUUUAAACAGCAAUAGCUAAUAUUAACAGACAAUUUAAACUGUUCUGAGUGCUGUGUUGUACGCUUUGGUGGAUGUCACUCCUUUGAACGUCACAACACCCCAUGGGGUGGUCUCAUUUUGCAAGUAUGAAAGCUGAGGCAGGGCAACGUUAAGUAACUUACAUAACUCCUACGGUAAUUUGUGUAGUUAGGAGAUGUUCAGCCUCAGUCCCUGGCUAAUUGCCCAUUCUUUUCCAGCCUGAUUUUUUUCCCUGGGAAGAGCCCCCAUGUAGCCCUGAGGUUUUCUUCCCAGAACAGCACCAGGGUAGAGAUAAUUGUAAGUGGUUGUGGAGUUGACACCCCUAUUGACUCCUUCCCAGCUGAUUAUCAGAGCCUUAGACACAACACUCCUUAGAUUAGCUCUGCAGAGUGUCUUGGUUGAGAGAAUAACCUCAUAGUACCCACAUGACAUGUGACUUGGAAAGAGACUAGAGGCCACACUUGAUAAAUCACGUGAAAGAGAUGUGUGCCCAUCCAACAAAUGUGAUAAGUGAUUGCACAGCCAGAGCCAGCCUUCCUACAGUCAAGGUUUCCAGGCAGAACAAAUACCCUAAAGACUCUCUGUGAUAUAGGAAAUUUGGAUGAAGGAAGCUAGAAGAAUUACAGGGAUGGUUUUAAUCCCACUAUGGACUCAGUCUUCUGGAAAUAGGUCUGUCCACCCCUGAUCAUUGGUGGAUGUUAAACCCAUAUUCCUUUCAACUGAUGCCUGCUAGGGAAAACUACUCCUCAUUGUCAUCACUAUUAAUGCUCACCACUGUAUCCCCUCUACUUGGCAAGUGGUUGUCAAGUUCUAGCUGUUUAAUAAAGUGUUAAUAAUGCUUACUCUUCAA